CAUGGAUUCCUCUGGUGCCUCCUUUUUGUCGUGAGCAGCGUCGUGACAUUUUCCCAGGAGAUGCACCGCUUGCCGCACAAUUGCAGUCUUUCCUCACACUCUGUCAUACAUGUUUUUCGGGUGAUUUGGCAGAGUGAGUUCUUCUUGGAAUUGCGUCAACUGAGCAUGAGGAUGCUCAUCUCUUUUGCGUUGCUGCUGCUGCUGCUCACCGUUUCCUCUCUGUUGGUUCUUUAGUAAGGUGUAGAUGAGGUUUUUAGCUCGCAGCUGCUUGAAUUCGGGGUGGUGUAAGCUCUUGGGCUACAUGCCAGUGCUCCUGCUUCUCCUAUUACUGCUGUUGGAUUUGAUGGCAGAUGUUGCUGGAUGUGCGUGUUGGUGUUGAAAGGGGGUUGCCGGUAACAACGACUCUUAGUUGAAUACCACAUUGGGAAUCAAAGUUGCAACCGAAAUGGACGAUAGAAAUGGCGCGUCGCACGAACCAUUGUUGCAAUCGAAAAUUGAAGAAUGUAUCCACCAGGAGCACACGAUUACCUUGGCGGAUGGUGUCACGAGAUCAGUGAGCAGACGUGACGACACCAUCUCUUUCACGUCGGAAUGGGUAUUGAAGGAGUUGCGAAAUCAAAUGUACAUUGCGGGGCCUAUGGUUUCUGUGACCCUUCUCCAGUACUUGUUGAUGGUAGUUUCACUCAUGUUCAUCGGUCACUUGGGGGAGUUGCAGUUAGCAAGCGCAGCGAUUGCAGGUUCGUUCGCUGGCGUGUCCGGCACAAGCUUACUUCAAGGCAUGGCCUGCGCUCUUGAAACCCUUUGUGGACAAGCAUACGGAUCGAAACAAUAUCACAUGCUAGGUAUUUAUAUGCAGCGCGCAAUGCUCGUAUUGUUCGUAGUAAGCUUGCCAAUUGCAAUUGUUUGGUGGAAUACGGGCUCUAUCCUCGUAGUUCUAGGCCAAGACCCCGAGAUCUCGGCGGGAGCGGGUGUAUACGCAAGAUUCUUGCUACCAUUUUUGUUUGGAGUUGUAGUUCUUCAGCCAUUGGUGAAGUUUCUCCAAACACAGAGUGAGGUGCUAGCCAUGGCGCUAUUUUCUGCAGCCACGUUAAUUCUACACGUUCCUCUUUGUUGGGUGCUGAUUUAUAAGCUUGGAUUGGGGUAUCGCGGUGCGGCGCUCGCAAGUGGCAUCUCGUGCUGGCUAAAUACGCUGUUGCUUGCAUCCUACGUGAAGUUUUCUCCACGUUUUAGGAGAACAUGGACGUCGUUCUCGAGGGAAUCAUUCAAUGAUCUUCCGGCCUUUUUCAAACUAGCGGUUCCCUCUGCUCUGAUGAUGUGCCUCGAGUAUUGGUCCUUCCAAGGCCUUGUCCUUAUGUCUGGGCUUCUCCCGAAUCCAAAACUGGAGACUGCCACUCUUUCACUUUGUCUUACAGGUACCGCUUUGCUAUACAUGAUUCCUUUCGGCAUUGGUGCUGCUGCGAGCACUCGGGUCAGUAAUGAGUUGGGUGCUGGUCGACCCCAGGCUGCUAAGGGCUCGGUUAUUAUAGCGGUACUCCUUGGAGUCACCGAAGGCUUGAUCAUGGCAACAGCAUUGUACCUCGGACGAUAUACAUGGAGCAAGGCAUUUACAAAUGAGAACGAAGUGAUUGAGUAUGUGGGACGGGUUUCCCCCUUGCUUGCGAUCAUGCACGUCAUGGAUGCCACACAAGGAGUUCUGUCUGGAGUGGCUCGAGGAUGUGGGUGGCUAGCUUUCGGUGCAGCCGCCAAUCUACUUGCUUACUACUUCGUUGGUUUACCCACCGCUGUGGUUCUCGCGUUUGUGUUCAAAUUGGGAGGACGUGGUCUUUGGUGUGGCCUGAUCAUGGGGGUCACCACACAAGCGCUUUCUCUUUUAGUGAUCACUUGCAUCACCAAUUGGCAGCAGCAGGCUGAUCAGGCAUUGCUGCGGGUGUAUUCAUCUGUCACUGCGACGCUUCCCACAGAAGCUAACAAAGAGCAAAAAGAUGAGAUCCCAGCUUUGCUUCUACUCAACGAUGGUGUUCAUGAGGAGAGUUUGUUGAAACCUGCAACAACAAGUCAACAAGUCUGCAGCUGAAUCCCCAGAUUCCUCACCAAUUCUGAGCAAUGUAGCUAUGUAGUGAGCUAUCUGCUGGUUGAACCCAACUCUGCUUCACACCAGAUGAAUCCAGCUUCAUGGCAUGGUGUGACUCCAUCAGGUAUUCAAAUGAAAACUUACCAUAAAUCCUCACAAAACUCAUGACCUCCAUCCUGAGUAUUCUAUUUCACUGAGUUUCAUUGCAUCCAUCAUUCUAAAUAUUCCACUUCCUUUGAAGGUGCAUCCUUAUAAUUUAUUACAAAUUUUAUACUCAUAUCAUUAAGAUAAAAUUCAAGUAGCAUUCAAGUAUUAUAAAAUUAAUCUACUUUUACUUAUUUCUACUUACUUAUAUCACCUAGAUAAUAAUUACAAUAAAUAUAUGUUUUUGAUAUUAUCCCCCUUUCUAGGAAUGAGUUCCACAAUGAAUAGUAAUCACAUGUUGAGGAAGUUUAAGAUGCAGUAAAUUAUAUUUGUCACAUACUCUAAUCAUUGUUCUCUUUGAAGGUAGAUGAUAGGCCCUCAAGCAUUGAUAAUGUUCUAUUCUAGGGAGGAAAGAAUACUCUAAUAUUUGAUUAUUAUUGUGACCUUCGUAACUUCUCUCAAACAAAAUAUUUUUAAUACCAUUACGAAUUAUUCCUAUCUUCAAUAAAAUCAUCAAAUAUAAAGACUCUCUUCUCAA